AAGAUUUGUUUAUGCACCCUAUGCAUCUAACUAUAAAAUGAUAUAUAAUGCUGGCAACAGAGAGAUCACGUGUAUUAAGAGUGAUUUGGUAUGGUUUACGUUCAAUGGGUACAAUUUUUGGUGUCGCUUUUGCUACCAGUACUAAAAGACGGUCCAAAAAACGGGUUGUAUAACUGUUGUCGAGCAAACGGUCAGCAUGUACCUUAUCGGUGUCGAAUGUCGGUCUACGUAUAUAAUGGAUGUACCAAUGCAAUUCAUUCCCCUGUCUGUUUAGUCGUGUUUUCCGUACUUUUAUGCGAAGCAAUCAACAACACAGAAUCAUUCUUCAUAUUAUGUUUUCCACUGAUCCUAUUACUGUAUUUGCCACGAAUAUGUGCAUCUCGAGGAUUUAUCUGGAAGAGGCCCUUCCUUCCCUUAUUUUUUUCUUAUCAAAAAUGAGCCACCAUCAUUGAUUGCUGGUCAUACGAGGUAUAAAGAAAAAAUAACAGAGGUGGUACUGUUCAAAGUUAUUACAGUACAAAAGUCACAGUACUAUAGUAUUAAGAAGGAACAUCAACAAAAAUUACAUGAA